CAUUUCGUGAUUUGUCAAUUUACUUUUGAGGCAAGAGCGGCAGCGGUGGCGGAAUUAUAAGCAAUUUUCCAUAACAUACUAAUAGUAUAAAAAAUUAUACAAAAUUUAAAAAAUAUAGUCUUUUUUUAUGAAAAUCUCGUUCAAACUUGAGUUAUCAGAAACAGCAACAUGUUCAUAUCAUACACGUCGGACGGGCAUGUUUUCAUUUCGUGAUAUUGCCUUUCAGUUCUGACUUCUGAGUUCUCCGUUGUAAACACAUGCAAAAAAUAUUCUGCUUGAUAGUGUGUUGAUGUGUUGUUGAAGAAGGCAGCAGAAGUCCAUACACACACACAGUGUAUUAGAAAAUUUCGAAGACAAUAGGAUUAAAUUAAGUGUUACUGACGUCAUUAUUAUCACCACUACUUCCCUCAGGUUUCCUUUGUCAAGCCGACUAUUUUGUAAUAAACUACCAAUAAGAUGUCAGCAUUACCGCGGAGAAUUCUCAAGGAAACUCAACGUCUAAUGCAGGAGCCUGUGCCUGGAAUCAGCGCACAACCCGAUGAGGGUAACGCACGGUAUUUUCACGUUAAAGUGACUGGUCCAGAAGAUUCACCAUUUGAAGGUGGUCUAUUUAAACUUGAAUUAUUUUUGCCUGAAGAUUAUCCUAUGUCAGCUCCAAAAGUGCGUUUCAUUACAAAAAUCUAUCACCCAAACAUUGACCGAUUAGGUAGAAUAUGUCUCGAUAUACUUAAGGAUAAAUGGUCUCCGGCACUACAGAUUCGUACAGUUCUGUUAUCCAUUCAAGCUUUACUUAGUGCACCUAAUCCAGAUGAUCCAUUGGCAAAUGAUGUAGCUGAGCUUUGGAAAGUCAAUGAAAUAGAAGCCAUACGUAAUGCAAAAGAAUGGACGCGCAUGUAUGCUACAGAAAACUAAUCAGAUUGCUUUAACUGAAGAGUAUAUAUUAAAAAUUAUGAAAAAAAAAAA